AGCUACUUCUCAGUAGGUGUAACUGAGGGCCUGGCUGGCAGAUGUUAAAAGAAAAUGAAACUGACAUCGGUCUGUUAAACAAAAGGGAAGGCUGUUGCUCUUCACUGUGAUACAGGAGUGAACUUGUUCUAUCUGCAGUUCCACUCAACAAAAUGGGACAAUAUUUUGUGAAGUUCUUCAGAGGAAAUCAAAUAGAUACCAGAGAGGAACAACUGCGAGAGUACAUCUUAGAGACCCUCAGCUACAUCAAAACAGUGAAGGACUUCUGUGACACAGAAAAACAAUGGACCCUUUUCAGAGAGACAGAGCUGGAGAUGAUGAGAGACAUCAAAAGCCGUGCAGAAAAAUUCUUAGGCCGUUUCAGAAAAGAGAAGCUGGAGAAGGAGCUGGGUGAAGUUCUGAAGAACACUCUGGAGGGGCUGAAGAAACUUCAUCGCUUCCUGGACGCAGUAGAGAGGCUAGCAGUCACCUCACUGUUCGUGUUCAUGGACAAGAGCUUCCUGUUGGAGGGAGUGAACACUGGUGUACGAUCGGUGAUCUCAGCAGCCAGAACUGCGUCUCCGCUCCUCAUCCACUUCAAGAGAGAUGAUCGAGCUUUCUUCUUGCCUAGGCUGGGAAAUGUGGACGUCCUGGUCCAGCUGGACAAAUACAUCCGCAUCACACAAGAGCUGUUCGAAAGAAUGAAAAUGGACGAGUCAUUCAGGAUGUCAUUCUUAUUUAAUGAAAAAGCUCAGGAAUUCGUUGAUAUAUACACUGGAUGCCGAUCUGAAAUGUUCCAGUUCCUGUCAGAUCUAGAGGGGACUGCAGUCAAGUUGGAUAAAAUGAAGACGGGGUCCAGCAUCUCCACUGUGGCGGGCAGUUCAGUGGGUGCUAUAGGAGGUAUCCUGUCCAUCGUAGGCCUGGCUCUCGCCCCCGUCACUGCAGGAGUAUCCCUGGCCCUCACACUCACUGGGGUUGGGAUGGGGGUCACCAGUGGGGUCAACAGUUUAGUCACAGGCAUCACUGAAAUGGCAGUCAAUAGACAUCAUGGGAAAAAGGCCAACAACAUCUUUCAGAGAUUCAUGGAGGAUGUGCAGAAAAUCAUAGAUUGUCUAGAACAGGUAGGUAGUCAGUGUCCUUUACCAAACCUGGAUGAGAGUGGUGUGGCACUUGGAGCUGUAAAAGUGACAGCCAGGGCUGGAACAGUAGGCAAAGGUAUUGAUGCCCUCGUUGAUGGAGCUUCAGCUGUGAAAGCUCUCAGAAGUGCAGCCAAUGUGGGCCUUCAGGAAGCUAAAGCAUCUCGGAACAUCCCCAGCCUUGCUGCAGACCUGCCUGACAUCGGGCAGCUGGCUAAGGGCACUCCUCUGGCAAUGACAAAAGCAGCCAGGGCCGGGUUUAUCACUCUAAACGCCCUCUUCAUUGGUCUAGAUCUGGCAUUUAUCUGUAAAGAAAGCGUGAGUCUGGCUAAAGGGAAAAAAAGUGAAGCGUCUCAGCUCAUCCGCUCCAGAUCAGCUCUGUGGCUCUCAGAGUUAGAGGCGUGGGAUAAGAUCCAUGACCAUCUGUGUGAAAGGGAAAGAGACGUUCCAGGACAACUUUGA